AUGCCUAAUGUAAUAACCAAAGAAGACGGUAUUUUUAGAUCCUCACAUAUAGAUUUAACCAAUAAUAAGAUUGCUACGCAUUCUUCUAUAUAUACAGAAUCAUCUUUUACAUCAUGGAAUUUGAUGGAAUACAUUUCAUCGUUAACAGAUUCAAGUGUAUCAAUCUUAUUCAGUAAUCAAUCUUGUGUUAUUGAAUUAUAUUCUUCAUUAACAGAAUUAGAGCAACAAGUAACAAUAAGAUUAGCUAUGAUAGGAACUAAUCCAAAUCUUAAUAUGUUAGGUGAAAAAGCAAUGCAAUUAUGGGUCUUACCUUCGAAACAAGAUGAAUUAUUUGCAGCUUUGAAACAUCUAAGAUUACUUAAAGUAAUUAAAGCCAAUAUAUUAAAAUUUAAUAAUAGUAGUAAUACUUUAAAUAGUAAUGAAUCAACAAAUACUAUUGGAAGUAAUAUUUCAAUACAAUACAGCUUAAAUACUGAAUUUCAAAAGAGUUUAUACAAUUAUUUAAUAAAUGGACUAAAUGAUAACCAGAUAUUAAAUUCAAAUUUGAAUAUAUCAAAUGAAGGUAAGAAAGUAAGACGUACAUUACUAACACAAUUUGUUAGAUAUAAAUGGAAUAACAUCUUAAACAUUAUUGUAGAAGUAAGUGGAUAUUCAUAUGAAAAUAAUUUUUAUGAUUUUUCAAGUUUAUCAAAACAAUAUAAAAUUGUUUCUAAAGAUAUAAUAGAUAUAUUAUUAAAUAUGGGAUUAAUAACAUAUCCAACUUAUGAAAAAGAUCAUUGUAAAGAUACAGUAAAGGUAAAAGUCCAAAAUAUUUCAAACUCUAAUCAAUUAAAAAGAUCAGAAGAAACUAGUUCAAUUAUUUUUCCAGUGUCAAUAGUUACACGAAGUGAAUUAUAUGAUGGUUUUGAAGGUGAAGAGGAGCAGAUAUUAAUAGAUACAAAAGAUAAUGGAUCAAUUGAAGAUUUUGAAUAUUUGAACGACAUAAGUGAUGAUGAAUAUCAACCAUAUAUAACAAAAAGAAAUAAAUUAAGAAAAUCAGGUAAAAAACUUCAAAAUAAUGAAGAAUGUUUAAAGGGUCAAAUGGACAAAAUAUUUGAACAGAAAUUAGUACCAAAAGCUUUUUGUUGGUUAUUAUGUGAUACAUGUAAUCAAUUAUUAACAUUACUAAAUGAAUUUAUAAAAUUAAUGGGAAAUAGUAAUAAUAAUAAUCAAAAAAAUAAUAAACAAAUAUCAUUAGAUAAGGAUUUGGUUGAUGUAAUUAGUUUAAUUUUCCGAUUAUCUAACUCUAAAGUUGGUCAACCAAUAUUAGUAUGUAACAAUAACAAUCUAUUAAGUAGAUUCUUAUAUUUUGCAUAUGAUCUUGGUUUGAUUUAUUUUGAUAAUACAAUAUAUUCAAAAGAUGAUCAUUCAUUUAAUCUUCCUAUUGAUUUAAGUCACUCACAAACUUAUUUAAUAUAUACAACUCCUUAUGCAUUAUUACUAGGACAUGAUGGUUAUCAAUUACAAAGUUUAUAUCCUGCAUUAAAAGUAGUUACAUCUUUAAAUAAGAUUGUAGAUAAUGAAGAAAUUGAUAAUAAUGAAACUGGUAAUUCAAUAUUAUUACCAUCACACUUUUAUUAUGAUCAGGAUAAUGAAGAUAAAGAUCCAUAUAAUGAUGAAUAUUUAACAGAGAAAUAUUCAGAAUCUAUAAUGAAUAAUAAUAAAAAUAAUAAAAUUGUGGAAUUAAAUAAUACUAGUAAUGAUAUAGAUCUAAAAAUUUCUCAUAGCAUAGAAUCAAAUUUAUUUUUAUCUGGAAUUUCAAAUUUGGAGGCAGGUAUAAUUGUACAAAGUAAUUUUCGUGUUUAUUGUUAUACUGCAUCUCCUUUACAAGCAAAAAUUUUGAGACAUUUAUGUCAAGUUAAGGUACGUGGGCCAAAUAUUAUAUGCGGUGUACUAACACGCCGUGGUUUAUUAUCAGCAUACUCUAUGGGUGUGAAAGCUUAUCAAAUAUUGCGUUUUUUUAUAAGUAAUGCCCACCCUAUAAUUUUGAAGAAGCAUAUUACUGAUGGCACAAGUAUAAUUCCAAUAAGUGUAGAGACACAAUUAAAAUUAUGGGAGAAUGAUCAUAAUCGUUUAGAGAUUAAUAAAGUAUCUCUAUUUUCUGAUUGGGGUAAUAAUAAAGAAGAUAUUGAAUUAUUUAAACAAACUGUCACAUAUGCUAUUGGGAAGCAAGUAGUAUUAUAUCAUAAUUUAAUUGAUGACCUAUCUAUAAGUGAAAAUAAACAUGAUAUUAGUUAUGAACAAAAGAUUCAGCAAUUGUAUCUUGCAGUACAACAAGAUGCAGAGGAUGAUAUUAAGUCAUUUAUUAAGGCAAAACGUGAAUUAGUAACAAGAGUCAAUAUUUGA